AUGCAAUCCUAUAACCACUACCAAAACUCUUCGUUCAAGACCUCGCCGGCGCAGCGCGACGCCACCUCACGCAACGCGGCCAUCUAUGAGGCGGCGCGGGGCCAGCGGGACGUCACCUCGGAGGCGGGCGCAGACACUGAUGGCACUCCUAAGUCGGGAAAUCACGUUACAGAAGAGCGGCAGGAGAUCCAAACAGCAGACAGCAGCGAGAGACGUCAAGCGCAGCAGCAGGCUCAAUUGCCAGGCUUCGAGACUGACACUAGGGGAAACGUAUAUCUGACAGGGGAAACUGGUGUGAGCAAGUUGUGGAGGAAGGCGAGUGGACUAUUUGCCAGGAAGUCUGCGGGUAAAGGCAACGAGGACAUCGUGAGGUAG